AUGGUUGAGCCAGAUGUGAUGGAGGCAACAACAUCUCGCAUCAUUAUAAGUAGUGAGGAGGGCGAAACCACUGAUCUUGAGCCCAAAACUCUAGAAGAGCUGUCAAUCGGAAACGGUGCUAUGCUCACUUGUGACGAUUUCCAUCAGAAACUCGAGCUUAGAUUGAUUCUGAGUGAAUGUAAGACUAUGAAAGGAGAUGAGUUCGAGAUCGUACAAGAUAGUGGAGAAGAGAAACCAGCUGUGGAGGAAGAAUCACGAAAGAGGAAGAGUAUGGCGCCUCCAGAGGAGUUGGAUGAGCUUAAUGCACCAAAGCGUGCGAAGAUUUAA